AUGCGACCGGCCAUGGAGUGGGCACUGAUCAAUCUGCAUGGUGACUCUUCCUUGGAUGACAUGUUCACCCUCCUUUACCGGCUCUUCACAGGCCAUACCAAGCUGAAGUUGGGCCCACCUGGCACUUCGGAGGAAGACCAACGGCGCUGGGCACAUACCUUCGCCACCUUGGUGGCCUAUUUGAAGCCGGAGAGCAUGGAGCAUGGCUUUUUGGCCAGCUUCGUCAACGUCUUUGCCCAUAACUUCGACGAAGUCUGGAGCGAGGGCGGCAGUGCCUUGCCCAAGCCACCCGGGAACGAAGUGGGAAGGAGCCAAUCGCGCGAGUUGGUGAACGAACGCUUUCUGACGGAACUGAGAAGCUGGAUUCUGGAACACAAGGAGAGCGGGAGCACGGACUGA